AUUAUUUUCAGUUACUUCAUCAUUUAUUUUGAAAAUCGUAACCGGAAGCUGUAUUUCCUUGUAGACAUGACUGACGGUUUGUUAAUGCCCAGCAUUAGCUAGACAAAUAAUGGCCUCAUCAUUGUAGUAAAAUAGCAGUAUGUCGUCUAUAUCUAAACUUACCAUUCUUUAAGUCAACAGAGCCGAUAAUGUAUGCUCUUAGCUUAUCAUAUAUAUCCGUUAUAUAGCUUUAUAGUAUUACUUUACCGGGCAGCUCGGUAGCUAACUAGCAUAAAUUCCUUUUAACGUUGGACGAAGACAAGCGAUGACGGUUAGAAGAAGCAGUCGACAUCCUCGGACAUGUCCAGCUCUGCUCGCCAUCUUCUUGCUCAUUUUGAGUGAGCAUUUGGUGAAAACAGCUUCUGAAUAUGACCCUUAUAAAAUCCUGGGUGUCAGCAGGAGUGCCAGUCAAGCAGAAAUCAAAAGGGCAUACAAGAACCUUGCCAAAGAGUGGCAUCCAGAUAAGAACAAGGACCCAAACGCUGAGGACAUGUUCAUCAAAGUCUCAAAGUCAUAUGAGAUUUUGUCUAAUGAGGAGCGAAGAUCCAACUUUGACCGCUAUGGACAGAUGGAUGAAAACCAGCCCUUCGGCCAGUCACAGCAUCAUGGUUUCCGCAGCUUCCACAACAGCUUCUACUUUGAUGAGUCUUUUUUCCAUUUCCCCAGGUCCAGGGACUUUGCAGACAGCAAGUACCUGCUUCACCAUGCACAGUUUAACAGUGACGUCCUUCCAGACAGCCACAAGAGGCCAUACCUAAUCAAAGUGACCUCUGAGUGGUGCUUUGCAUGCAUCCACAUUGAGCCUGUGUGGAAGGAGACGGUGCAGGAGCUGGAGCCACUGGGUGUGGGCAUUGGCAUUGUGGACCUGGGUUAUGAGCGUCGUCUGGCCAACCAGCUGGGAGCUCACCGCGCUCCUUCCAUCAUCGGGCUGGUGAACGGCAGAGUGACCUUCUUCCAUCAGGCCGUGGUACGAGAGCACCUGCGACAGUUCAUUGAAGACCUGCUGCCCCAGAGGCUGGUGGAAAAGAUCACAGAUAACAACUAUCUGGCUUUUCUGGAUAACUGGCAUGUGGAGAAUAAACCCAGCGUUCUCUUGUUUGACCAAGUCCCUGUUGUUCCCCUACUCUACAAGUUAACAGCGUUUGCCUUCAGAGACUAUGUUCGUUUCGGCUAUGUGGACCAGGGCGAAACGCACAACAUUCGGCUCCUGCAGCAGUUCAACAUAAACACAUACGCCCCCACCAUGCUGCUGUUUAAGGAGGACACAGAAAAGCCAGUUGACAUCAUCCAGGCCAGAGGGAUGAAGCGGCAGAUCAUGGAUGAAUUUGUCUCCAACAACAAGUUCCUGCAGGUGCCACGACUCGUCAACCAGCAGCUGUUUGAUGAGCUGUGUCCUGUCAAGCAGUUCCACAGACGGAGGAAGUACUGUGUGCUGCUGAUCACAGGUGAGGACCAGACCUUUCUUCCGGGCAAUAAGGCCUUCCUGGACUUCGCCUCAGCUAACGCAAAAGAGGUGCUGCGGUUUGCAUACGUCUAUCAGCGUCAUCAGCAGCCUCUUUGUCAGGCGCUGCUUCACAACCAGGCUGCACUCUCACCUCAGGUGGUGAUUCUGGAGAGGCGGAGUCAGGCUGGUAAGGUCCUGUACCGCUCUAUGAGUGGUGGCUGGAAUGGCAGUGAAGAAGACAAGUACCGCUUACAUGAACAGCUGGAGCUACUUCAGAAAGAUCCCACCUACCUGAGCUCAGACGCCACUCUGCCAGAACUCAACAACGAGAUGGCCCCUAUGUUUCUCAUUCAGUGGAUGAAUGCUGCGUACGAUUACAUCCUUCAAAUAUACGAUGACCUUCUCUACUCAAACUGGAGAGAGAUGAUGCCCAUCCUGUCGCUGAUUUUCUCGGCUCUCUUCAUUCUUUUCGGCACCGUCAUCAUCCAGGCCUUCAGCGAGCCAGGUGAGAGCAAACCCCGGGCGUCAAAGCCAAAGGAAAAACCGCAAACUCAGGAAGAAGCAUCAAGUAGAGCUUCUACCUCAGGCCGUCCUCCCAAGAAGGACUUUGUGGAGGUGACAGAGCUGACAGACAUCACGUACACUAGUAACCUGGUGAAGCUGAGGCCUGGCCAUAUCAAUGUCGUACUGGUGCUCACCAACGCCUCCAAGAAUGCCCUGCUCAGGAAAUUUGCCAAGGAGGUUUUCUCGUUCUCUGGGACUCAGACCCUCCACUUCUCCUUCCUCAACGCUGAUAAGCACCGCCACUGGAUGCCGUCACUCCUUCGCUCAACCUCUGACGUUGCGCAGAGCGAGGGCCAUUCAGAUGACGAUGAGGAGUCUUCAGACUACACUGGCCACGUCCUGGCCCUCAAUGGCUACAAGAAAUACUUUUGCCUCUUUAGACCCGUCUUCACAGGGGAUGAUCCCAGCGACGCCUCUUCCUCAUCCGAGACUUCGUUCUCCUCUGACAGCAGGAGAAAGUCCCGCUCCAGGUCCAGGUCCAGCUCCCACUCUCGAUCUCGCUCCCAUUCCAGGGAGGACGGGUCCGCAGCCAAGAGAGGCUCCAGCAGGGCCACUAGCAUAGAAGUCCACCAUAAGCUUGACAGGCUUGGACUGUGGAUGGAGAGGCUAAUGGAGGGUACCCUACUUAGAUUGCAGGUCCCUGCCUGGCCCUCUCUCGGUGAAGCUGCUAACAACUCUUCCACAGAGAGCUGAGGUCAAAGUAAGAACUGUGUACGAUUGGUAGCUAUUACACUACAUGGUCUUGCCUCCUGAUUAAGUUCUUUAGCAAGAAAACUGCAGUUAGUUCUCUUUGGCACAGGUAGGUUUCUGCACUGAACUGUUGCAACCUGUUUACAGAUUGUCUCAUUUUAUCUUUUAGAUAGCGUGGUCACAUGAAAAUUGAUGGCUUCAAGUAGUGUGCUGCCAGUAACCUGAUGAAUGAACCUAAUGAAUCUGUGUGCAUGUUAAAUAUCUGAGAUGAACACUUAUUGAGGCAAAGGCAAAGUCUGAGCUGCAUGACGCCGCUUCAUGAAUGUGCCGAGACAGAAGGAGGAAAACAGCAAAGACAGAUGAAGUUUCUCCUGAUGCACAUACACACUCUGUGCUCUGAUUGCAGGGCAAGUAAAUCUUUACUUUUUACACACAUGUGACUGCUGGGGUGUUUUCACAGCCAACAGACAUGACAUGAUAGUACAAACAUUAGCUGUAGUUAGUGUGUGUGUGUGGAGUAAUUCCCUGUAUGUGUGUGCUGCAGCUCAACACCGGUACUUGUGUUAAUUCCCUCACUCUCGUCUUAACGAUUAUGAAAUGAACUCAUGCAACUCGAGAUAAGCGCACAUUUUCUUGCUCAACUUUAGCAGACACGUCAUCAAAGUCAUUUGAACCACUUGGAGCCUCUGAAAUAGUUUAGAGCCUGAACACAUCUUUACACUUGACAGUCUUCUAUCAUUGAGUUUGACCAUCAUCAUUGUUUCCUUCUGUUGGAGAAUUCUGCUUUAUGUCAUCAGAUCUCCACAUGGGCUUUCUUUGGAAGCAGGUUAAUAAGAAUAAAGGCUAGAAAACUGAGCUUUUUGCACUGAAUCUAUAGAUAAAUUAUGUUAUUUUAAGGACCUUUCUUUACAGUUAGAUCUGACACUACUUUUUUAAAAUUCCAGGCUUAAAGGCAUACAGAAUUUCACAGCAUGGUAAGCAGCAAUAAUAGACUUAUUUCAUAUACAGUAAUAAAACUCACAUUUCAGAACAUUUUUAAAGGAUUAAUGAAUAAAGAGGGUUCUCCCUAAUGUUUUCCAGUGCAGCUCAGACCAAGUUGCCAUGUAUUUGCUGCUGUUUUGUUUUAGGGAAUUUUGAACUGUGAUGACAUGAAAUAUCAUUUUGGGUAAAUGGGACCUAGAAUGUUGAAAUCUGCCUUUUUUUGUUUUGUGGUUGCUUCUUUUUUUGGGGGCAUAUUUCACAUAUUUUUAAGUUCUUGUCAUUAUUGUCUGAAUCAGGGAGAAACGAUACAUCCACCAUGUCGUACUUGCCCUUUUAAGCCCUUAAACCACUGUAAAUAUUAAUGCAUGGAAUAAGUAGACCUAAAAUCUCUAAUAAAUGUAUAGUGAAUUUGCACUGGCAACUUAAAUGUUUCACCUACUCUGUUUUGUCCUUCGUCUGUAAUUGAAUCAUUUCCUGCUCAACAAAUAAUAUUUGCAGUACACUGUAAUAAUGAUUUUUUUUAUGGCAUUUGAACUUCAUUUAUAUCCAUAUCCAACUGUAAGAGAUGAAACAUUUGGAAAGAAUCUCCUUUUAAAACAGUUUAUUUAUUAAAAUGUGUGACCUGCUUGGA